CCACAGCAGACACACUCACAUCGUGCAGAUCAUACAUCUCAGGUCAUGAUGCUUUCAGCUUGCCUCUGCCAUUUUGAACUCGUCCUGCGGCCCUUGUGUUCAUCUUUAGUGUAACCUUCCACAGUGUGUGUGUGUGUUGGAGAAUGAUUUGGCUUACUGGACUUAAGGUGCUGUUGUGGGUGACUUUGUGUGUGUCGUCUACCAAGGAAGAGAACGAUACCUUAGAGGUGCAAACCAUCACCAACAGAAACAUCACUCCUGCCAGAGGCUCAUCGGUCAAACUAUCCUGCAUUGCAUUAUAUGACUUUGAGCUCUACGGCAGUCUGCUGCGUGUUGGAUGGUAUAAUUUCACUGACUAUGAGCUGACUGACCCCCGCAAGUACUUCACCACAGUAAACGAGACGGUCUCUGAUGACAACCGGAGACGCAGACAGGUCGUGACAGAGAUUCUCAACCUGACACCAGAGGACAACGGCCAAUAUCAAUGCCAGGCUCGAUGUGAUAGUGGAGAGACGUCAGUGGGACAUUACAUCCAGAUCACUGUCCAAGGUAAAUCAUCUGACUGAGUAGGAUCUGCUCACACAGGAAUCAAAUCUUCCAACAAGUUGAGUGCACCAGGCUCUAUUUUCCAAAAGCAUCUUGAGACAAACUUAAUUUUUCUUCUAUUUUACUGUAUAAGUGAAUGAAAUAAAUUGAACAAUGAUGAAGUUUAA